AUGUCCGCGGGGGCCGGGCCUGGCCUCUCCUUCGCUCGCGAGCUGCUGCGGCGGGGCUUUGCGCAAGAGGUCGGUCUCGUGCCGUGCGCGUGUGGGGGUAGCGAGCUCUGCCCGGCGGGGGAGACGCCUCGCCGACGGCUCUCAUUCACCGGGGCGUGGGAUGAGCUAGGCAGCGAGCUGGCGAGGUGGGAGGAGGGAGGCGAGUGGUGCGAGGCGGCGGCGGCCGUGAAGAGGGUGGCCGCGAGUCUGGGAGAGGGCGACACGCUCGCAGGCUUGCUCUGGCAUCAGGGCGAGUCGGAUUGCGGCGACGAGUCGCUCGCAACCUCGCCGGCGCUCGGCCGAUUGCGAGAGAGGCUCGGCUCGCCCACGCUUCCCGUGGUGCUCGGCGAGUUGGGCUAUUUCCUCGACCAGAGGGACGGCCGUUUCGCGCACGCGGCGACCGUCAACGCCGGGACCGUCGCGGCGCCAGAGCGGCUGCUUGCGGCGGCGUGCGUGAGCGCGCACGGCUUGGAGCACAAGGGCGACCGGCUUCACUUCAGCACCGCCUCGCAGCACGAGCUGGGGCGGAGGUACGCGCUCGCGUAUUUGCGUUUGGUGCGUCCAAAGUCGGAGGCCGGAGAGAUCACCGCCGAGGCGCCGUUCGCAUUUCCAACGCACGCGCGCGGCGCCGAGGCAGCUGUCGCCCAGGCUAUCAUCGACUGAAGCAGCGCUCGGCGAGGUGGAUGGAUCGGGGGGAAGGGGCGAAAGAAAAUUUUGAGGGUUGAGGAGGGCAGCGGCGCGCUCCGCGCGUGUCUGUGGGCGCUACAUGCGGCCGUCGCCGUGCCCUUCAUCAACCGUGCGCUCGAGAACCAAGCCCAUUCAUGAUUACAAUAGUAUUCAAGUAUUGUACUCAUAAU